AUGCUGCUCUCCAUAGGGAUGCUCAUGCUCUCGGCUACGCAAGUCUACACCAUCUUGACUGUCCAGCUCUUUGCAUUCUUAAACCUCCUGCCUGUAGAAGCAGACAUUUUAGCAUAUAAUUUUGAAAAUGCAUCUCAGACAUUUGAUGACCUUCCAGCAAGGUUUGGUUAUAGACUUCCAGCUGAAGGUUUAAAGGGUUUUUUGAUUAACUCAAAACCAGAGAAUGCCUGUGAACCCAUCGUGCCUCCGCCAGUAAGAGAUAAUUCAUCUGGCACUUUCAUCGUGUUAAUUAGAAGACUUGAUUGUAAUUUUGAUGAAAAGGUUUUAAAUGCACAGAGAGCAGGCUACAAAGCAGCCAUAGUCCACAAUGUUGACUCCGAUGACCUCAUUAGCAUGGGAUCCAACGACAAUGAAUUCACAUAUGAAAAAGGAGGCCACAUUAUCUUAGUUCCAGAAUUUAGCCUUCCUCUGGAAUACUACCUAAUCCCCUUCCUUAUCAUAGUGGGCAUCUGUCUCAUCUUGAUAGUCAUUUUUAUGAUCACAAAAUUUGUCCAGGAUCGGCAUAGAGCUAGGAGAAACCGACUUCGUAAAGAUCAACUGAAGAAGCUCCCUGUACAUAAAUUCAAAAAGGGAGAUGAAUAUGAUGUAUGUGCCAUUUGUUUGGAUGAAUAUGAAGAUGGAGACAAACUCAGAAUCCUUCCCUGUUCCCAUGCUUAUCACUGCAAGUGUGUAGAUCCUUGGCUAACUAAGACCAAAAAAACCUGUCCAGUCUGCAAGCAAAAAGUCGUCCCUUCUCAAGGCGAUUCAGACUCUGACACAGAUAGUAGUCAAGAAGAAAACGAAGUGUCGGAACACACCCCUUUACUCAGGCCUGUGGCUUCCGCCAGCACCCAGUCAUUCGGGGCCUUGUCGGAAUCCCGCUCACAUCAGAACAUGACAGAGUCUUCAGACUACGAGGAGGAUGACAAUGAAGAUCCCGACAGCAGUGACGCAGAAAAUGAAAUGAAUGAACACAGUGUUGUGGUCCAGCUGCAGCCUAAUGGUGACCGGGAUUACAACAUAGCAAAUACUGUCUGA